AUGGUGAGACAACAUGGCAGCUUAGAAAAGGACGCAGAGACCAACGAGGCGGCUUGGGAAGCUGCAAGGGGUGCCUUGAUCGGGGGUACGAAGUGGGGCGCUUUCUUCGCCGUGGCAGGUGGUGUCGCAUACGCCUUCUCCCCCGUAUACAAGGGACUUACCGUUCAAUUCAAGACUUACAUCCAAAUGUCCGGAAUGAUAUUGGGUGGUAUGCUCGAAGCAGAUAAGCGCAUGGUUGCCUACCAGCACCGCGUUCGACAUCACAAGAGAGUAGCCAGAGACAUGGAAAUAUGGAGACGAUACGAAGACUCUUAUGAGGAACGGGGGACGCCUGGUGUGGGGGGUGAGAGUGAAGUUCAUGGAACUCAAGACAAGAAUAACUAA